GAGGAGGAGGAGGGGCAGAGGGGGAUGAUUCUGACAGUCGCCGUAGUGAUGUGCAGGCUCUCUAUGUAGGUCUGCUGAUUUGAUGCAAAAACAACAGUCUCUCGCUCGGUGGGCUCAGACAGGGGAAAGCGGGGUCUAGAAAAUACACGGGAGCGUGUCGCGAGACGGAGAGAAGGCGAGAGAGGAAGGGAGGUAAAGAACAAAUAAGGAGCAGGGUCGCUGUUGUCUACCUCUCCCUCUCCAUCCCUGCAAAGGGGAUGCUCGCUGCUACCACUGUUUUGCCAGUGCUGGGCUUUUCAGAUGAAGGAGGUGUAGAAGACAUCUGAGCCACACAGAAGAGGCUCUCCCCAUCGCUGCAGCAGAGAAAGGCAAAGCGCAUUCGUCCUCCUCAGACUUACAAGCGAGAAGGGCAGGAUGGAGGCCCCACUGGUGUGCCUAGAUGAGGAGUUUGAUGACCUGCGGCCCUGUAGGGCGGAAGAACAGGAGCAGGAGCCACUGCGUCCCUACGGCACCGUCCCGCUCACCCGGGAGGACUUCUCCGAGCUGGAGAACUUCUCAGAGAUGAUCAGCUUCAAGUCCAUGGAGGACCUGGUCAACGAGUUCGAUGAGAAGCUCGACGUGUGUUUCCACAACUACGACACCAAGACAGAGGGGCUGGCGCCAGUGCGCAACCAGUCCCACACAGAGGAGGAUGAGGAACGGCUGCAGGACGAAGAUGUGUGGGAUGCUCUGACCGAUAACUACCUGCCCUCCUCUGGAUCCAGCUGGGACAGUCCAAACUCAGAGGUGCUGAACGGAAAUUUGUCCGAUCAGGAGAUCCACGAAAAGGAAGAGGAGGAAAUGAACGAGAGGAACGAGAACGCAAACUGCCUGAACGAGGAGCCGCUCGUAACGGCUGAUCAGGUGAUCGAGGAGAUUGUGGAGAUGAUGGAGAAUUCUCCGGACCCGGGGGAGACGGAGGAGGAAGAAGAAGAGGUGGACAGCGGGCACUCCUCACCCCAGUCCAACCCUUCCCUGCUGGAGGAGAUCCGCGCCCUAUCCCAGGCUUCAAACAACAACUGCUCCUACGAAGGCCUGAGCCUGAUGCCCAGCUCGGCGCUGGCGGAGCUGCUGUGCCGGGUGGAGGCUGCUAUCCGCCAGCACUCAGAGGAGCUGGUGACACAGCUGGCCCGGCGCGAUGAGCUGGAGUUCGAGAAGGAGGUGAAGAACACCUUCAUCACAGCGCUGAUGGAGGUGCAGAACAGGCAGAAGGAGCAGAGGGAGCUCAGCAAACGCCGCCGCCGGGACAAGGGCCUGAGCCUGCAGGGGCCCGUUCGCCCUGAGAAGCCCGGCACCAUGCCUCUGAAGCGCUUCAGUAUGGAGGGUCUUUCCAACAUUCUGCAGACAGGGAUCAGACAGACGUUUGGUAACUCAGGGACAGACAAACAGUAUCUGAACACAGUGAUUCCAUUUGAAAAGAAAGGAACCCCUCCCACUGUGGAGGACCUUCAGAUGCUGACAAAAAUUCUUUAUGCAAUGAAAGAAAACAGUGAGAAGGUGCCAACAUUGCUAACUGACUACAUUUUGAAAGUGCUCUGUCCUACCUAAGCGUGUGUGAAGGGGCUACUGAGUGAGUUUGAGGUGAGGGGCGUGGCGAUUCCAGGCGGCUCAGAGUGCCUCCCCUCCACCCCGAGUCAAAGCUGCAUGAGUUCCCAUCCAUUGAUAAUGAUGGACCAUUACAUCUAUCCAUUGUACCUGACCCAUUCAGACCCCCAAUAAAUGUCUGCCUUUGCUGAA